UACCAAUGGUCUUUGUUGCGACCCUAUAAUUCUACGAGCUGAGUGAGCAUUAUGCGUAAUAUACCUUCGAAUAUCGCGAAGCACGCAAUAUGGCUUUCCGGCGGGGAACGGGUUCGCAGGCCCUUGUCGCGAAGGGUCUUGCGACGGGAAGAUUGAGAGAACGAUAUCGUAAUCCGCGUCAGCAGCCUACUGUGGACAAGAUACCUGACGAGAAGGUGAUACGAUUAGUGGAUUGGGAGAAUUUACCCCCCUGGAAGCAGCGUGGAAGCGAACAUUUGCGCACUGGAUAUAGGCCUGAAUGUGCUUCGUUAUGGUCAUGUCUUCACAGCUGGUCAUAUGUCCAUAAUGAGACAGUCAACAUCUUCUCCCAUAUCAUCGGAGCACUUCUCUUCCUAGCUCUACCGCUAUACGUCUUUAGAACCGAGGUCCCGCCGCGAUAUAAAAUCGCAACAACAGCCGAUAUUAUGGUAUGCAGCGUAUACUUCUUAGGCGUCGGUAUCUGUUUCACAUUCUCAACCCUUUUCCACACCUUUAUGUGCCAUAGUGAAGCUGUGUAUGAGUUCGGAGUCAAGCUCGAUUAUCAGGGCAUUCUAUUACUAAUGUGGGGAGCAAAUGUGCCUCUCAUUUAUUAUAGUCUGCCGUGUGAUUCGAAUGGUCAGAUGGCCUACUGGACUUUGAAUACCGUCCUUGCCGGGAUGUGUUCGCUUGCUACUUUCCAUCCCUCGAUCGGCGGGCCUCAUCUUGGACAUGUGCGAGCUGCUCUUUUCGCUACGUUCGGGUUCUGUUCCGUUAUUGCGCCCAAUUUGAUUGGAGUUGUGAAGUAUGGAUUUGAUGAGCAGAGUCAGCGGGUUGGGUUGGCUUGGAUAGGGGUUACUGCUUUGUGUAACGGUACGGGUGUGGUGGCGUAUGCUAUGAAGUUUCCGGAAAGAUGGUAUCCUCGGGUGUUUGAUUUAUUUGGUGCGAGUCACCAGGUGAUGCAUGUCAUGGUGGUCUUCGCUGCCCUCACCUAUACGAAGGCCAUGUUACAAGCCUUUGACUUUCAUCACGAAUUUAGCAUAGCGUGUACAGAGCACAUAUAACAUUCAGCUGUUG